AAGGCCAGAGUUGUCGGCUUCUGGAGACAUGGCCACAGUGCUGCGGGUGCCAUGGCAAGGGCUGGUGAGGCUGCUGCUUGUGGUGUGUGUCAUGCCGUGGGCUGAGGGUUGGAAAGUGCUGGUGGUGCCCAUGGAGGGCAGCCACUGGCUCAGCAUGAGGGACGUGGUGAGAGAGCUCCACUCCCGAGGCCACCAGGCUGUGGUCCUGGCUCCGGAGGUCAGCUUGCACAUCAGAGGAGAUGACUUCUUCACCCUGAAUUCCUUCUCCUUUCCUUAUACUCAGGAAGAAUAUGACAACUUUUUCAAGGAGUGCACACUUAUCUUACAAGCACAGAAUAUUCUGGAGAUAUGGUUUAAAACUCUUAGAUCUAUGCAGAAGUUCUUUGAACUCUAUUUGACUUCCUGUGUGCAGAUGCUGCAUAACAGUACGCUGAUCAGCCAACUGAAGGCCAGUUCCUUCGAUGUGGUGCUGACAGACCCUGUUUUUCCUUGUGGGGCAGUGCUGGCCCUGUAUCUGAAUAUUCCUGCUGUGUUUUUCCUACGGGGCCUCGCUGGUGGCCUGGACUUUGAAGGCACACAGUGUCCGCAGCCUUUGUCCUAUGUUCCACAGUGGCUCACAACAUACUCUGACCACAUGACUUUCCUGCAGAGAGUCAACAACAUGGUCUAUCCUCUGGGCUUUAAUUUGUUGUGCCACUUUGGGUUUUCUUCCUAUGCAAGCAUGGCCUCUGAGCUGCUCCAGAGAGAGGUGUCUGUGGUGGAUGUUCUCAGCCAUGCUUCCGUGUGGCUGAUGAGAUGGGACUUUGUGCUGGAAUACCCCAGGCCCAUCAUGCCCAACAUGGUCUUCAUCGGGGGCAUCAACUGCAUGAGCAGGAAGCCGUCCUCUCAGGCUGUGAGGGGCCAGCCAGUCUUCACCUAUGAGUUGGAGCAUCUGGUUGUAGCCUAA